CCACAACUUUUUGAACGUUGUCAGAGCAAGUAAAGUUAAAGUAAUUUUUUUCUUAUUUGUCUGGAUAGAAUCCUCGUCAUGUCGUGGAAGUAAUUAGACAAUUAAACGUCACAUGAACAUGAAGUAGAUUAUUCUACAGUUUGCCCAUUGGUUAGGAAAUGAAGUCCUGGAGAAUGGUCUUCUUUUCUGAUUUGUUGUUCGUAUUUAAUCUUUUUCAUGGUUCAUGGCGUCUAAAUGAAGUGAAUAUAUAUAAGUAUAUAAUUAUAACAAUAAAUAUCUGUUCAAUACAUUGCAAUACGUUUAUGAUCAUUUCUGAUAACUACUUUUCCUUUCAUUCCAGGGCUCACCCGGAUUCGUCCACAAUAAUUAUGUCAAUCAAAUAAAAGAAAGGCUGACAAAGGUCCAUAAAGAUUUUCACAAGGUGACUUUUGCCACCAUCAAUGCUCUUAUUAUUAACGGAAUGUCUGAAGAUAACAUAGUAAUGUUAAUACAACAACAGAGACCUCCGCCCCCGCCGCCGCAACCAGCACCUUACAAGACAGCUCCUUACAACACAGCCCCUCCAGGAUGGGGCCUCGGUAGUGCUGGGCCAUGGCAACAACAGAUGAUAAGCCCUGGAGCUUGGGCAACAGCACAACCUGCUACUCUGAAGAGUGAGGACGUAAUCGAUUUAGUCCAAAAAGAAAUGAGAACGGCGAGAGAAGAGGUAAGCGUUUUGACUACACAGUUCACGUAUUAUUCAUAUUAUGGUCCAAAAAACUAUGUAUGGAUGAGUUUAAAGAGGAGGGGCUUUGAAAUCACAAAUCGUCUGUAAUAGUUCCUGAUUCGAGAUACUUGUAUACAAUUCUACAUAGUUCCUUGGAGCAUAAAUGUCCAAAUGUGUGUCAUCAGAAAAUAAACCAACUGGUCUUGUAGAAAAUGGUUAAAAAGCUUUGAUUCGGGCAAAAUAU